ACUACGGUGAGGACAUACACACAUUCGUCGCUCUCGCUGUCUUACGUUCGUCUGGAGAACCUGCUCUGGAGCUCCAGUCGUAUUAGCUAUGCUAUAACCUCUCCAGGUUGAAUCUUGGUCAAAGCACAUUGAAGAACACACUUAGUUUUCCACAAUGGAACAUAAGCUAAAAGAUUGGACCGUAGAUUCCAUUAAUUUUUAUUAAGAUUAUAUGGAAAAGUUUUGGACUAAAAACCUGUUACGCUCAAAAUAUUUGUCAAAGAGAGGGUAAGACUGUUUUAAUUAUGCAGUGGGCUGUCUGUUGCAUCACUUAUUGUAUUUGGAUUGUAUAAUGUUUUAAUGCAUUAUUUUGUGAUGACGGGAGAUAGAGCACAAGAUAACAGCAAUCCCGCUCCAGUAACUUUUCACAAUACUUGCGGGAAUUAAAGUUCCGGUUCCAUACGGGACAUAAUAAGAGACUAUAGAAUUGAAGGUAAUAUUAGCAAUACUGUUCUCAUUCUUGUUUAUAUUAUAUGUAUCAUGAUCAAAUGUAUCGUGGGACAUAAUUACCUGAGAGCAGGUAGAAAACACACACUUGGUAAGGCUUACGAACUCUGAUAUUCGGGGACAUCGCCUUAUUUACAAUACAAACUGCUUAAUAACAGCUGCAUUCGUGAGUCGUGCUGGGUGCUAAGUAAUCAAGGUAUCGAGGGUGGCCGGUGACAGGUGCUGUGCGGCCGCCUGACAGUAUUUCAUGGUAACACCUAACACGACGAGAGUCACUGUCACCUCUAAGAAGAUUACUGUAUCUCGUAGAGUGAGAAGAGGCGCAUACAGAAGAAUAUCGUAACUCUAUGCACGGUAUGAUGGUUAGAGGAAGUGAUGUGAGGUGUACAACACCAGGGUCUGGUCACUGAGGACCCUCUCACAGGACUCCUGACGAUGCUGUCGCCGCUGCCUCCAUCCUGCUACACCUCGAACUGUACACUGCAACACCUCGCCAGGACCAGCCUCAGGCGAGGCGGCAACUGAUUAACACGGGCACUCCAUGAGUGUACAGGGGCGACGGCCCGUGUGCAGAAUGUGUAUCUUCAAGGUCUCCCGUGUGGACGCAGCUUGGGCAGUGCUCGUCCUAGUGCUUCUCACACCUUUAGCAGUGGUGAGUGAGGACGAAGAAUCUCUUCCGAAGUUCAUCGAGAACGUACCUAACAUUACCGUCACUGUGGGACGAGAUGCUCUCCUGCCCUGCACCGUCGAACAGCUCAAAGGAUUUAAGGUGGCGUGGGUGCAGGUGGACACGCAGACCAUCCUCACCAUACACAAGCAGGUGAUCACUAGGAACCCGAGAAUCGCGUUGCUGCACAACGACCACCGCACUUGGCACCUCGAACUGAAGAAUGUGCGCGAGAAGGACCGAGGCUGGUACAUGUGUCAAGUUAACACUGAUCCCAUGCGCUACCGCCAGGGCUACGUAGAUGUUGUAGUUCCUCCUGACAUCAUUGACCGGGAGUCGUCCGGGGACCUCACAAUACGUGAAGGUCAGGAUGUCACACUCACCUGUCGCGCCAAAGGUCACCAACCCAGUAUCGUGUGGAGGCGUGAGGACAACCAGGACAUUGUCUUAGACACUGACAAGACAGGUGAGUCAUACACAUCAUCAACGAUGGUUCCUGUCAUUGAUGGUACUGAUGUGGGCGCCGUGGGUGGUGCUGCGGGCGGCCGUGACGGCGGCGUUGUGGGCGGCGCAGAGCGGGUGGUGGAGGGGGAGUCCCUGCACAUGAGGAAAGUGUCAAGACUGCAGAUGGGGUCUUACCUAUGCAUCGCCUCCAAUGGUAUCCCGCCCUCCAUCAGCAAGAGGACCCAGCUGAGGGUGCAGUUCCCGCCUGUGGCGUGGGUGCCACAGCAGCUGGAGGGUGCCUACCUGGGCCAGGAGCUGACGAUAGAGUGCCACACUGAAGCUUUCCCUAAGAGCAUCAACUACUGGACCAACACAAACGGUGACAUGAUCGUCUCAGACGAUCGCUAUGAACCUAUCGUGGCAGAAAGUUCCUACAAGGUGUACAUGAAGCUUAGGAUCCGCCGGGUCGAGCCUCAGGAUAUCGGCACUUUCCGCUGCAUCGCUAAGAACUCACUAGGGGAGACUGACGGAGCCAUCAGAGUCUACGAGAUCGAGCCGCCCAAAGCUCACAGCAACGGAGUCUUCGGCGCUGAGGAGAACGAGGUCGACUCAGGAGACGGUCCUCCCACCACAGCAACCCACCACCACAGUAAAGAACGCAAGAAGUACGAGAAUUACCUUCACCCGAAAGGAAUCAACGACCUUACUGACCAGCACCGGCACACCAAGACCCACGAUUCCAAAGAGUCGGGUCACCGCAGCAACACACACCAUGGGCGACGACCCACCUACGGCAGCUCUCUGGGCCACGACAGCGCCCCCUGCUGCCAUGCUUCCGCAGCCUCCGUCGCUAGCUUGACCCUGGCCGCACUACUGGCCCAUUGGGCGGCCCGCUCCCUCGCAACACCUCAACUCUAGGACACGAUAGCAAGUUUCUUGUCUCAACGAUCCAUGCAUCUUAUAACACAAUGGCUGCUGUAAGUCGCAAUUUUAAGGAAACUUUGGAGAAUAAUUUUGCUGUUGAUGCUGCCAAUUAUUUGUUGACGCCGCUGUUUAUGUUAUCGGUGUGAAGUGAAAGUUACAUACAAAAAAUACAGAGUCCGCUGAAAUUCCAGCAGACUAAAUGAUUUUGGCAACAAAUAUUUACUUCUGGCCACUAAACUCCACAGGGAACACGGUGAUGAAGUCUUCUCGUCCUUCUUAAAAAGCUUCCAUCUGGAGAUACAGCUUUACAGUGCUAUGGAAAUAUUGAACUUUACGAAGGGUUAAUCAUUGUGAGAGAAAGCCUGCUGAGUCGGUAAGCUGCAAUGAGAGCCGGCUGCUGCCCCCCGCCUCCCAUCCUCCAAUACCUCGCAUCCCUGAUUCUAUCCACGGAGAAAUAUUGGAAAUUUUGCGAAACUUUCCCAUUGAGAAACUGCAUCACUAAUCAUUGAUUUUUAUACUUAUUUUUUGUCGCCCCCAAACGUUUUGAAAGGCUGAAUGUGUAUUGAACGACUUUUUUUGACUGAUACAAAACAGUUUUUCAACGUUUGUAAGAGACGCUGCCCUAAGUAUUGCAGCUGCGAGUGUGUCUAGUUGUGUGUUCCAGCAAACAUUCUUUGAAGCUACAUGAAAGAAAAUACUGGAUCUCUCAAUACCUUACUGGACUCUGAAACCUGUCAAUAAGCAAUAUUUUUAAGAACAACAGAAACGAGGAAAUAUAUAU